CGACUGAAACAUGAGGCGGCCUGGUGCAGUACAUUCAGUUGCCUGAGAACAUCACAAACGAGAGAUUCAGCUGGGUUCCAGUUCGGACGGCGGGAACGUGUUUUCUUCGCAGUAUGGCUGCUACACGUGUUCCAUAAUUGUCCGUGGACUUGUGGAGAGGUUGACGUCCUGCUCCUUGCGCGCGCCCGAGUCUGUGUCCUGACUGGGUUCGGUUUCCCUUUUUGUAGGUCCCAUUGCGUAUACGUGGGCGCGUCGGCACAUGAGUUGCUGAAAACACCUCGACAGCCCACGACCGGUUUCGCCCUUCUUGGGGCUCAGCAGGUAGGCGCAGUCCCCGAUUUCCGUCAACUUUAUGUUCUGCUUGAAAAAAAUUGCACGAAAUCAGCGAAAUAG